AUGGAUAUUGUCAGAGAUAUAUGUGGAACAACCAUAAUAGGGAACCCUAUUUGGAUCUUACAGUCCAAAUUUAAGAUGCUAGGAAGAAGACUUAGUCUUUGGUCAAGAGAGCAAAUCGGUGAUAUUCAUGAAAACACUGUCAAAUGGGAAACAAAGCUUCAGAGCCUUGAGGAACUGGAUAUUCAAAUUAACACUGAACAAAGCAUAAUGGAGGUUAAUGAAGCCCAUGCAGAGUACCUUCACUGGAUGAAGCUUCAGGACACUAUCCUCACUCAAAAAUCUCAGUGUAAAUGGUUUGAAGAAGGCGACAACAACACCAAGUAUUUUCACAAUAUUCUGAGAGAAAAAAGAAGGAAAUUUGUGUUCACCGGGAUCAAGAAUAGCAGGGGUCACUGGAUAAGUGGAGAUGAAAAGAUCUCAAUAGCUGCAAUUAAACACUUUCAUCAUUUAUUUAACCUUCCAACCCCUUCCAUUAAUCCUAGUAUUUUUGACAAUAUUCCUAAUAUGGUUUCUUUGGCAGAUAAUGACAGAUUAAGUCAAUUAACAGAUGAACAAGAGAUCAAAGAAGCAAUCUUCAGCUUAAGUACAUCAAGUGCAGCUGGCCCUGAUGGUUGUAAUGGAACUUUCUUUCAAAGUUCUUUGGGACUUCAUCAAGGAGGACAUUACUGUCUUUGUACAAGAAUUCUACAAAGGGAAAAAGCUUACCAGUACUCAGUGAUUAUAAACGGUGCUAGAUUUGGUUUCUUUUCUUUUUCUCAAGGAUUGAAGCAGGGGGAUCCUCUGUCCCCUUUUUUAUUUAUUCUUGCUGCUGAGGUGCUCUCCAGAUCUUUAAACAGUCUUACUAGUCAUAGAGGUUUCAUUCCUUUUACUAUGCCUUCUAAUUGCCCCACCAUUAACCAUCUUGCUUAUGUAGAUGAUAUAGUUAUUUUUAGUAGUCGUCUUUGA